CUACAAUCCCUCAUCACUUUUUUCUCAUCCAUCCUAAUCCACUCAUCUAACUGUGCUUCACGUCUCGCAUUCCGAUUGUCUCUGUUAUAGAUCUUUUUCUGUCCGUCGUCACACUUUACGACUUUGCGAUGCUAGCUCCUUGAUCUAAUUGAAUUUUCACUGUGCAUUUCAUCACAUUCAAUCAAUCUAUUCCAGGGCUGUGAUUUUAUAUACUUUUUCAGGAAAUCCAAGCUUUGUCUCUCACUACAAGAUAUUCGUUGGCUUUUAUCCAAAAUGCGUGAUUGCACUUGUUUACGGAGAGCCGUUUUAGCAAAAACCCGACGACUUUUCUUUGUCGCUUGUAUAAGCAUCUUGCUUAUCUCAAGGGUUCGUGCGCAGGACACUGGCUCAACAACAUUGACAACGAUAGCAACAGAAGAGACAGCGCUACCAACAAUGCCAUCACCGCCUUUUAGUGGUGAACCUACGACCUCGUUUUCGCUUACAGACCUGCCCUCACCAACAACGACAGCAGAGCCGCUAAUACCAGCCACUCCGACACCAGGACCGGCGAAAAACCCACAUCCGCCCGGUACAAUUGAUUGUCUGACGAUGCCUUACUGUGGUGACAAUAAGGAGUGUUUUGUUCUCGAGGAUGGCCUAGUGUGUUUAGAUAAAUCACUCAACUGGGGUUACAUUCUUUCCAGAAACGACUCUGGUAUUCCAUCGGUUCCCGGCUGGUCCGGGCAACGCUCUCAAUUAAAUGCAAACUGCUCUCUUUUUCCCAUUCCCAAGACUACCGGUCUAGCCAUGAUGGUAUACGAUCUCAUCCAAGGAACACUGCCCAAGAACCUACUUUUAUCCAGAUAUGAUCAAACUAGGACCAACUGGUACACUGCAUUCUCAAAUUGUGAGCCACAUCUGGCGUGCAUGAUGGGCAAGUGUUUGCUUAGACCCAUCUUGGGCCAACAAUGCACCUCUUCUUGGCAAUGCAAUCCAUUAGCUUUGGGUCUCAAUGAAAACAACUCACCGAUCCCUGCAGCCAAUGCGACAGCAGUUCGGUGUGAGUUUGAAUCUGGAGACCUGUCCGAGAACAAGACCUGCCAAUUGCUCCAUCGUGAAGUCAAUUCUGGAGGUGGAUUUUCAGCAUGGCAAGUGAUUUUGCCGGUAGUAGGGCUUCUGGUCUUGAUCUACUUUGGUGCUGUGAUUUAUCAGCGUCGUAUGAGGAAGGAAAAGCUUCAGAAAUGGAGCAGAGUUGUAGAUGGUAAGUGAUUUAAAAAAAUGGGCAUGAAAAAAUACUGUCUUCUGGGCGAAGUAAAAAAAAAAUCGCAGCUGAUGUGACAAAUUGAAGAUACAAUGUUUCUCUUGCUUUAUUUAAUCGUUUGAUU